CCUUAGCUAGUAAAAAGUAAGUAUAUAUAAGCUCAACAUCACUUUGAAACACAUACAUGAAUUGAUACACCUACCUACUCAAGGAAGGAAGCUAAGGAAGGAGACCGGCAUUCUUCAUCGAUCGAUCUCUAAGUCUCCCACCAUGGAAACAUACUUCUACAAAAUUAUGGUUUGCCCUUCAACUCAAACAAAAGAGCUAAAAAUACCAAAAGAGUAUGUGACGAAAUACGGCAAGCAAUUUGCGAAAAGCGACGUAAAGUUACAAGUUAGUGACGGUAGUGUUUGGAGAGUGAAGGUUCUCAAAGAAAAUGAUAAAGUGCGUUUAACCAAAGGCUGGGAAAAGAUCGUGGAAACGUAUUCGCUAAAAUAUGGUAAUUUCCUCCUGUUUAAGUUUGACAAACGCGAUUCCAUGUUUCAUCUCACCAUUUUCGACCCGCCUGGUUAUGAAAUCGAGUUCGAUCAACAACUGGUUCAAAUCUCAUCCGAAUCCGAACAGAUGGAGAUAGAUCAUAUUACUGAUUAUGAUGAUGACAUUGUUUCAUCAGACAUCUAUGAAGAGGGUGAUAGUGUUGACCUUGAUGAGAUGAACGUUAGGAAACGGUACGAAGCCUUCGAGCCCAAGAAUCCUCAUUUCAAACUUGUCAUGACACCUAACACCGUUUCCAAAGGAUAUCGAAUCUCAGUGCCGAUUAAACACGUGAGAGAACAUUUGAAACCUUGGAAUAGAGAGUUAAUCUUAAAAGCAGGCGGUCGAGAGAAGAGGUUCCAUGUAAAGUUAUUGAUGUACCCAAACAAUAAUCAAGCACCACUUGGUCGUGGAUGGAAACUUUUUGUGUGGGAGAAUGCCUUGCGUGUAGGUGAUGGCUGUGUCUUCGAGCUCGUUUGCCCUCAAACCCAUGAGUACAUAGUUACCAUCUUUCGUUUGCCCAGGGCCGUUGCCUAGUACGCGCGUCAUCCAAGUAGUUGAAGAACCAUAGCUUCCCAAAACAACACACCAGAGUAUCUCAGCUCGUAUUAGUAAAAGAUGAGAGAGUUAAUCAUUUAAUAAGGCUACGUACGGGACUAUACUCCCCUUAUCGCCAUAUGAUUUUAAGGUGGAGCCUGUUUUGUCUGGUAAAGUGGAGUCUCGAUCUCUCUAGCUAGGUCAUUUCAUUACAAGCCAUGCAAUUAAGUUUGUUUAAUUAUGUCAUGUUUAUGUCAAAGUUUGUGAGUUUGUUAGUUUUAUUAAACUUGUAAUAUGGACUUAGUAGUAUACUAGUAUGUAUGGAUAAUAUUUAUUUCAAUUA